AGAAAACGUUCCUCAGAAUGCUGUUCCCAUCCUCACAGACCUUACGCUGGGCUGUCAGCAGAAGGUUCGGGAUCAGAGGGAGUGACACUGCAGAGGAUGACAGCUCAUGCAGAGGGACGUAGCUCACCUGCGGAGCAGAACCGCGUUCAUACGGUGUAAACAGAGCGGAACCGAAUUCCCAAUUUAAUGCCCGGGCUUUUCCUCACCAGUGAUGAGUUGGCUCCUGUUGUGGAUUCUGACAGCAGCUGGUAUUCAACAGGCCUACUCCUUGAAUUCCACUGCCAUGCCUCCUGCCACGGCCCUCCCUUCCCCAACUCCAGACCCAUACAACGUGACGCGGUACUGCAAGUGGCCCUGCGAGUGCCCCGAGGUGGCUCCCAAGUGCCCUCCGGGCAUCAGCCUCCUCAUGGACGGCUGCGACUGCUGCAAGGCCUGCGCCCGGCAGGUCGGGGAGGAGUGCAACGAGGCCGACACCUGCGACUUCCACAAGGGCCUGUACUGUGACUACAGCUCGGACAAGCCUAGGUACGAAAAAGGAGUGUGUGCAUAUAUGACGGGAACGGGCUGUGAAUAUGACGGCGUGCUCUACCGUAACGGUCAGAGCUUCAAGCCCAGCUGUAAAUACCAGUGUUUGUGCGUGAACGGCGCCAUCGGUUGUGUGUCCCUGUGCUCAGAAUCUCAGCCUCCCAGGGUUUGGUGCCAAAGUCCGCGGAGAGUCAAAGUCCAGGGGAAGUGCUGUGAGCAAUGGAUCUGUGAUGAGCCAAAGAAAGGACGCAAGACGGCGCCGCGGCACGCAGUGGAGGUUCUUCCAACCGAGAGCUGGCACAAGAACUGCAUCACCCAGACCACCUCAUGGAGCCCCUGCUCCAAGACCUGCGGCCGCGGCCUGUCGUUGAGGAUCUCCAACGCCAACGAUCAAUGUGAGCUCGUCCAAGAGUCCCGUCUCUGCAAUCUGAGGCCGUGUGAAGUAGACAUCACCAAGCAUAUCAAGCCAGGAAAGAAGUGUCUGAAUAUCUACAGGGAAGGUGAGCCCUCGAACCUGACCAUUUCUGGCUGCACCAGCAAGAAGUGGUACCGACCAAAGUAUUGCGGCGUUUGCACCGACGAGCGCUGCUGCAUCCCGUACAAGUCAAAGACCGUCGACGUGGAGUUUGAGUGUCCGAACGGGACCGGAUUCACUUGGAAGAUGAUGUGGAUCCAGGCGUGCUUCUGCAACCUUAGCUGCAGAAAUCCCAAUGACAUCUUUGCAGAGCUGGAGAGCUACCAUGGUUACCCAGAAGUUGUGAACUAAAAUGCAGCAGUAUGGCAAAGAACAUUCUUUUUUUGUUUGUUUGUUUCCUAAAAGAUAUUUUGAGUUUUUACAUGUGCAAUCUAUAUUUUUUUUCUUUUGGAAAAAAUUGUAAAUAUGAAAUGUGUCUCCAACACGGAUUCAUGAGAAUAUUUGAAGAGAUAAAACAAUAAAAGCCUAUAUUUAAAGUUUAA